AUGAAGCGUCGUGUUUCAUUUGCCCAUGUGGACGACGAUCCAGAAGAACAACAACAGCAACAACAGCAACAGCAACAGCAACAGCAACAAGCUGCCAUCACUACUACUACGUCGGGACCGUACGGCGCUCGCAACGACGAUCCAGAUGACUACGAUGACGACGACGAUGAUGGUGACGACACCAUUCUUACCGAUAUUAGCAGUGUCGUGAGUGGCGGCCCCAAGUACGUUUUUUCCGGUGCCUUUCUGGGCAGUGGCAGUGACGAUGACAAUGACCAGGAUGACGACGACGACGAAGAAAUUGGAGCCGGACAAGUCGCGGCCAAACCCCCGCCAAAGGAUCCCGACUUUGAUCGUCGAGCCACCUAUCACAAGAUUUUCAUGACGGACAAAAAAGCCAAGAGAAUCGUCGAAAACACUGUAGAACGUGAAAAACGCAGCAGUCCGGUACAACAGGAGGAGGAAUUUGAUGAAGAAGGUCAAGUUCGCGCACAGGAUCCUGGAGUACUGGUAGAUCGCCGAGCCACGUAUCAGCAGAUUUUCAUGACCGACAAGAAAGCCAAAAGAAUCGCCGAAAACGCUGUAGAACGCGAAAAACGCAGCAGUCCGGUAAAGGAGGAGGAAUUUGACGAAGAGGGUCAAGUUCGCGCCCAGGAUGCCAAAAACACGGAAGAACUCCAUGUUGCCGAUCUCUUUAAUGAGGCUACCAAGGAGAAACCUCUCAAAGUCAAACUAGGUUGUGAUGAGGCAGAAGUGUCGGAAAACUCGGAUGAGUUGCACGCCUGGGCUAGCGAGAGUCAGCAGGAUCAUAUCGAUUUGGGCGAUGAGGAGGACGCCGAUGAUGAAGCUUCGGAUGAUGACAAAAACGACGAUGACGACGACAGCAAGAAGGAUGACGACAGCGCCAGGGAAGCCGAUGCGGAAAAUCCGGACAAUCCCGAUGAAGACAAUGAUGUGGAUUUGAACAGUGAUUCUGCUUCUUGCACCACCCUCAAUUCAGCGGACCUUCGGGAGCAAGCCAUCCAGGAGAGUUUGCUCUACAUGUUCUAUGAAAAACUUGGUUGUGCCGUUUUGGCUCCAAUUUUAACUCCCAUCAUGGCAUUCUUGACAAAGUGUCUUGCCAAAAUCAUGAAGAAAAUGCGGGGAGAUGAGGAGGUGGAUCUAGAAGAUGCAGCCGAAGAA